AUGGUGGAGAAACCGCCCGCUAAGAAGAGGAAAACGAUAUUGCGCCUGAUUACUGCCAAUCGUGUUCCUGUCGGAUCUAAGCGAGCACCGACCGGAAACAAACCCGCCGCCAUUGACCUGACGGGGACUGCAGCAAACGGCACACCCAAGCCAGCGACCGCAGCAAACACACCCACAGACACAGGUGGUACCACACCCACAGGCACAGGUGGUAACACACCCACACCGCACACCGCCAACAAUCAGGCAACCACGCCCAAAGCACCAGGCACCAGUGCCCCACCCACCCCGGCAGCAGGUGCAACCACGGGUGCCAAAGCGACUGCGAGUACGACUGUGAAUGCGAAUGCGAUUGCGAAUGCAAAAGCGAAUGCGAAUACCGAUACUGCUGCUACUACUGCUGCGACUACUGCUGCUGCUGCUGCUACUGCUCCUGCUCCUGCUGCUACUGCUCCUGCUCCUGCUGCUACUGCUCCUGCUACUGGUGCAAAGCCUGGCAAGAAAAGCUCGCUGGCGGCUGGUUCGACGCCAAAAGGCGGUACAAAGACACCUGCCCAGAGCACCACUGCAGCCACGGGGGCUGUUGCGAAUGGCAGCAAAGCUGGUGUUCCCGUAGGAGCCAGCAGUGCCCCUGCCCCUGCAGGACCUCCCACAGGUGCCGCUGCCAACGCUAUCAAUCAGGCGGCAUUGGCAAACAGAAAGGGGUCACCGGUGCAACUCACAGCGUCCCCUGCACACCCGACUGCUGUGCCCACGCCAGCACUUAGUAUCACUGCAUCGCCGACUCAACAGAUGGCACUACCUGUAUCCGGUGCAGUUGGCGCGACACCCGCGACUGUAGGGUCAACUGCAGCGGUUCCAUAUCCCGCGUUAACGGCUGGUGCAGGCACCACAGCCAACACAGCUGCCACCCCUGCAAGCGCUGCCCAGGUGACACCAGGCGGCAAUCCACAGCAACGUGCCGCCUUUCUGGAGAAUGUCGAAAGGAAUUUGCUACAGCUCGUGAAACAUCAAGCAUCGCAAGAAGAGGAUCAGGCAACUUUAAAGAAGCGAUACGAAGAAAUUGUGACCAAAUAUAAACAACUAGCAGCGCUGGCCAACCCGACAUUGGAGACGAGUGCAGAGCAGGAAAAGCUGAGACAGGAAGCGCAUAGGAUCAGUCAGGAGCAUUUGCAGAUAGGGGAAAAGCUGACAGCUACCAUCGCCAGUAUAGCUCGUCACAGACAAGCAAGACUACGGUUUACGGGAGGUGUGGGCGUGCCUGGCACAGAAGCAACCGCGCAACAACGAAUGGCUCAGCAGUUGCAGAUGCAGGAACUCCAACGCCAACGACUUCAGCAGCAGCAGCAGCUGGCUCAGGCCCAGGCUCAUCAGGCCGCUCAAGCAACCUCACUCCAGCAGCAACAGCAGCAACAUAUGAUCCAAGCCCAUCAGCAGGCCCAGGCAAAAACGCAGCUGCAAGCAACGCAGAACACCGACGCGACUCAAACCGCAGCGCAACUCCAGCUGCAACAGAAGCAGCAGCAGCAACAGCAACAGCUCAAAAUCAUUAUGACUACAGACCCGCGACUGCUGCCAGAUCAUCUGCGCAAGGUACAAUUGGAACUAUUCGUGCAGGCAGAGGCCAAAACUCGGCAAAUCGAUUUCUCAACGGCCAAUCCAACGGUCAAAGAGCAGUUGCAGAAGCUUGCGAUACAUCGGCAACAGACUAUGAUGAGAAAUCCGCUGCCUACGCAGUGAAUGCGUUGUCUUCAUAUCUGCGCAGAGCACUAACGAAUGAGAGGCGCAUCACUCGUUAAGCUUGAAAUAUCCGCUACGGAACGAGC